GUCACACUCAGGAGUCUGGUAUAGAAGACCUAACAUGCAAGAUAGUUCAUAAGAAGACAACUAUAAGAGCGGCCAUGCUACGGAGAAGCAGGAACAUCCGAGCUCCGCACUACGUGUGGAGUGACAUCCGACGAGACAUUGACGCCGUGGUACUGGUGAAUGACAGAGAAGAGUGGGGCAACGAACACACACAGAUCAGCGACUCGGACUCAGAAGUGGAUUACCUGGCCGUCACCCCGGAGGUGACAGACGUUGUGCCCGACACGGUGCCUGUGACAGGGGAGUCCUACUGUCACUGUAACGCCCAGGAGGAAACAAGCCCUGGGGCUCUGCUGCAGGGCUUCCAGCCCCUCACUGACUGCCUGUGUGGAGAGGAGGACCAGGGUUUCGACUGGGUGUGGGACGAGGGCGUCAAGUCCAAUGCAGCGCUCCUGAGCUGUGACAACCGCAAGGUGAGCUUCCACUCUGAGUACAGCUGUGGCACAGCCGCCAUCCGCGGCACCAAGGAGCUGACAGAUGGACAGCACUUCUGGGAGAUCAAGAUGACGUCACCCGUCUAUGGCACAGACAUGAUGGUGGGCAUCGGGACCGCUGAGGUCAACCUGGACAAGUUCCAACACAGUUUUUGCAGUAUGCUGGGGAUGGACGAGGACAGCUGGGGACUGUCAUACACAGGUAUGCUUCAGCACAAAGGGGACAAGGUGAAUUUCUCAUCCCGUUUUGGCCAAGGCUCCAUCAUAGGGCUGCACUUUGACACGUGGCAUGGAACCCUUACCUUCUAUAAGAACCGCCGCUGUAUAGGUGUGGCCGCCACCAGGCUGCAGAAUAAGAAGUUCUACCCUGUGGUGUGCUCCACUGCAGCCAAGAGCAGUAUGAAGGUGAUCCGGUCCUGCUACACGCCCACCUCCCUGCAGUACCUCUCUUGCUCUCGCUUGCGCCAGCAGCGGCCCGACUGCCCUGACAUCCUGAACGUGCUGCCCCUGCCCCCGGGCCUGCGCCAUCUCCUCCACAACCAGCUUGGCUGGGUGUUCACCCUCAGUAACGGCACCCCCGAGCAGUCUGAAGACUUGAUGGAGGACUUGAAUGAAGACUUCUUUGAUGACUUUGCAGUGGAGUUGCCUGAUGACUUGCCUGAGGAGCCUAGUCCAUGCCCAAGCCCCUGUCUCAGCCAGGUGCCCACCCUAAGUGCCUGCUCCUUCCCUAGCCCUGUACCCAAUCAUGCCAAUGCCCCUGCCUCCUCUCGUCCAGUUCCCAGCCCUGCCUCUCCCUGUGCCCCUGCCUCCUCUCGUCCAGUUCCCAGCCCUGCCUCUCCCUGUGCCCCUGCCUCCUCUCGUCCAGUUCCCAGCCCUGCCUCUCCCUGUGCCCCUGCCUCUCCCUGUGCCCCUGCCUCCUCUCGUCCAGUUCCCAGCCCUGCCUCUCCCUGUGCCCCUGCCUCUCCCUGUGCUCCUGCCUCCUCUCGUCCAGUUCCCAGCCCUGCCUCUCCCUGUGCCCCUGCCUCCUCUCGUCCAGUUCCCAGCCCUGCCUCUCCCUGUGCCCCUGCCUCCUCUCGUCCAGUUCCCAGCCCUGCCUCUCCCUGUGCUCCUGCCUCUCCCUGUGCCCCUGCCUCCUCUUGUCCAGUUCCCAGCCCUGCAUCUCCCUGUGCCCCUGCCUCCUCUCAUCCAGUUCCCAGCCAUGCCUCUCCCUGUGCCCCUGCCUCCUCUCGUCCAGUUCCCAGCCCUGCCUCUCCAUGUGCUCCUGCCUCCUCUCGUCCAGUUCCCAGCCCUGCCUCUCCCUGUGCCCCUGCCUCCUCUCGUCCAGUUCCCAGCCCUGCCUCUCCAUGUGCUCCUGCCUCCUCUCGUCCAGUUCCCAGCCCUGCCUCUCCCUGUGCCCCUGCCUCCUCUCGUCCAGUUCCCAGCCCUGCCUCUCCCUGUGCCCCUGCCUCUCCCUGUGCCCCUGCCUCCUCUCAUCCAGUUCCCAGCCCUGCCUCUCCCUGUGCCCCUGCCUCUCCCUGUGCCCCUGCCUCCUCUCGUCCAGUUCCCAGCCCUGCCUCUCCCUGUGCCCCUGCCUCUCCCUGUGCCCCUGCCUCCUCUCGUCCAGUUCCCAGCCCUGCCUCUCCCUGUGCACCUGCCUCUCCCUGUGCCCCUGCCUGCCCACCCUUCCAGGGAGCAACUCUGACAGUGAGGACAUGACUUUUCUUUUCAAAUAUCCACUCAGAAAUGUUAGAUAAAGUUGGCACUUUAUCUAUUCUGAACCUUUCUAUAAAUGCCACUACCAUCUACUGGUGGAAAAGUCCACAAGAGUGAAAGAGUUUUAUCUUAGCUCAGAUUUCUAAGCACUUUAAGACUUUCUGAGUGGAAUGCUCGCUCACCCUCGAGACUGUCCUUCCAAACUUUCCCCAGUUUGCCUGGCUGUAGGGAAGGGGAAGACAGCCACCCCAAUAUCCACCACCCCGUUCAAGUCAGAUGACUUAGUUCUAAAUCUGUUAUCCACUGUAUGUACACUCCCUAUACUGAAUGAUUGGAUCCCUUGAUAAAGAUGAGCAAAAAAGACACUAUAAAAUAUAAUACAAAUACUGUGCUAUAUUGUAUGCUACAUUUGUUUUAUUUUUUACAAUAUUAUUUUAUACUAAUACUUUUGCUCAGAGAAAGAGAUUAUAUUUAACAAGUAAUAAAAAAAAAUCUCUAAUAGAUAGCGGUCAAAAUGAUUGGAUCCCGUUUUCCAUGCUGAAUCUUUCCAAGAUCCUUGAUAUCCUUCGUCUGCGCUUAUGGACUGCUCUCUUCAACUCAAACCACAGGUUUUCAAUGAGGUUCAAUUCCGGAGACUGAGACGGCCAUUGAAAAAUGCGCGCUUGGGGUUAUUGUCUUGCCGGAAGAUCCACUUUCAGCCUCCUGGCAGAGGGAACCAGUUUUUUGGGGGGGGCUAAAAUGUCCUGGUACUUGGUAAAGUUCAUGAUGCUGUUGACCUUAACAAGGACUCCAGGACCAGUGGAUGCAAAAUAGCUCCAUAACAAAGAUCCACCACCAUAUUUUACAGUAGGGAUGAGGUAUUUUCUGCAUAUGCAUUGUUCUUUUGAAAGUCAAACCCACCGCUGUUAUGUGUGGCCAAAGACUUCUAUUUUUGUGUCAGGUGACCAUUAUAGCACUGGUUUCAAUCCAAGUGCCAAUGCCAUUUAGCUGAAUCCAGGAGGGGCUAUGGUCAGAUGACAUGAAAAUAGGUAUUUGGCCACACACACACCAAUGGUGGUUUUGGCCUUUGAAAGAACAAUGCUGACAUACAAUUAACAUUAUCUAAAUGUUUUAUACUGCGCAUUGGUGGCCAUGUUCUUGUGUUCUCUAAUAGCGCUUUGCUCUCCAUGUUUUUCUGAUAUUUUGCAGUUUCUGACUCAUGCUUUACUUAUAGUAGCUUAUAGUCACCAUGUGAUGUGUCCUGCAGUAAGAUAUGUUUAUUUUCUUGCCAAUUUGUUUAACCUUUCAUGCUGAACGCAAAUGAAUUGUAAAAAAAAAACAUGUAAAACAAACAUUGUGUUAC